AUGGUUGUUGCUUCCUUGUUGCGCCUCCCCCAGCCGGGAGUGCGUUCUAUAAGCUAUCUCUAUAAGGCACAAUCCAACUCUGUCAGGAGCCAUGUUUGCUCAAAGAGCUUACAGCUCCAUAUCCAACGGGCUCAGUGCUUUUCAACCUCACCCUCCAAUUGGCAGAACGAAGCCCUAGACCGAACCCGGAAUAUUGGUAUCAUUGCUCACAUUGAUGCUGGUAAAACCACGACUACAGAGCGCAUGCUCUUCUACAGUGGCGCCACGCGACGAAUUGGCGAUGUGGAUGAAGGGUCAACUGUAACUGACUUCCUGCCCGCGGAACGUGCUCGUGGUAUUACGAUCCAGUCGGCUGCCAUUACCUUCCAUUGGCCUCCCGGAGAUGGAGCCAAGGGAGCCAGCACUCAAGAUCCGUCCUUGCCGCGGUCUACAACCUCACAUACCAUCAAUUUGAUUGAUACUCCUGGUCAUGCAGACUUCACAUUUGAGGUUAUGCGAUCUUUGCGUAUUUUGGACGGUGCUGUUUGCAUCUUGGAUGCUGUGGCUGGCGUCGAGGCCCAGACGGAACAGGUUUGGCGACAAGCAAGUACAUAUAAGAUUCCCCGGGUGAUCUUUGUGAACAAGCUGGACCGUGAUGGCGCAGCUUUUGGUCGAACAGUUCGUGAAGUUAGCUCGCGGCUGGCGGUAUACCCGGCAGUCUGUCAGAUUCCUUGGUUCCAAGGAGGUAAUGGAGGUUUCAUUGGUGUGGCAGAUGCAAUAAACCUUCAAGGGCUACGGUGGAAGGAAGGAGAGGAUGGUCGUAAUGUUAAAAUGCUUAGCCUUGACCAAUUGGAGAAAGAAGAGCCGUCUCUAGCACAAGAGCUCCGGCGGGCACGGAUUGCUCUGGUUGAACUCUUGAGUGAGCAGGAUGAGAACAUCGUGGAGAAAUUUUUCGAAUGCGAAGAAGACCACCUAGCAGUUCCACCAGCUUAUAUAGUCCAAAGUCUUCGACAAUGCUUGCUUGACCCAACAAGUCGGAUCUUUCCCGUCUUUGCAGGUGCCAGUUUUCGAAAUAUGGGCGUCCAACCGUUGAUGGACGCCGUGGUCAACCUUCUCCCCAGCCCUCCUGAGGCGCCAGACCCGGAAGUCAGUAUCGAUGGCGUCAAAGGCGGUCUUCGCCGCCUAAUAUCCGGCGACUUAAUCGUGGAGCAGAACGAGAAAGCCUCUACUCCAGUCAAGGGCAAGAAAAAGAAGAGGGUCGCUGCUAAGGUGGACCCUAAGGAUGCAAUCUCCAAACUAAAUAGCUGCGCACUGGCAUUCAAAGUGGUCAACGACCACAAGCGUGGUGUACUGGUCUACGUACGAGUGUAUUCCGGGUCGCUUGAUCGCAACAGUUUGCUCUUCAAUACGAAUCUUCAUAUUUCAGAACGGGCACCCCGCUUGCUUAAGAUGCACGCCAAUGAUGCAGUUGAAGUGGAAUCAAUUCCCGCUGGUCAUAUUGGUGUCGUUGUCGGCCUUAGGUAUGCCCGUACUGGUGACACCUUGCUAUCUUAUGCAGGAAACAAGCCCACACCUCCAGAGCCAUUGACAACCCUUCAACUGCGUCCAAUAGAUGUGCCUCCGCCUGUGUUCUUCACCAGCGUUGAACCACAUAGCCUCAGCGAGGAGAAGCAGAUGCAAGAGUCACUUGCACUUCUCCUACGCGAGGACCCUAGUUUGCACGUCAGUACAGACGAUGAAUCGGGCCAGACACUACUGAGCGGUAUGGGCGAGCUGCAUCUCGAGAUCGCGCGUGAUCGUCUAAUCAACGAUCUCAAGGCGAAAGCGUCCAUGGGUCGUAUCGAGAUAGGAUAUCGAGAGACUGGACUCGGUACCUCCGCUGCCAUCACGAAGAUUUUCGACAAAGAAGUCGCCGGCCGCAAAGGCAAAGCUGGCUGCACUGCAAUGGUGGAACCGUUUAAUGGCGAAGAAGCUGCCGAUGUUGCGGAUGAAGAGACAAUUCUCGCAGAGACUAUUGAUGGGAAUCAAGUUAUCAUUCGCGCCCCCGGCUUGCAAGUGGACCAAUAUGCCCGGUCUGACGAGAAGACAAGCCCGCUUCUGCCUCCUGGCAUGGACUCCAUGGCUCUCUGCGAAGCUCUGCAAAAUGGCGCACUGGCUGCACUUGCCCGCGGACCACAAUUCGCAUUCCCCGUGCAUAACACCCGUGUAACUCUUACUAUUAACCCGACUGAAGAUCUCUUCGGUAGCGACACCACAACAUUUGCUCUUUCAGCCGCAGCACGCCAAGCCACAUCUUCCGCGCUUCUGGACCUUGUCACGGGUCCUGGAACGGUCAUGAUGGAACCAGUUAUGAAUGUCAUCAUCAGUGUUGACGAAGCAAGCCUCGGUUCUGUCGUUCAUGACAUUUCCUCUUCUCGCGGCGGGCAUAUUCUUUCGCUCGAUGAUGAAGUACCCACGGAUGUCAUAGUUGAUGACUCGCUGCCUCCCAUCGAUCCUAAGCGAGUAUAUGCACCCCCCGAUCCAUUUGAGACUGCCUCCGUUGGAGUUGAGAUUCCCGUCUCCGUGUCACAACAACGCACAAUUACUGCCAAGGUGCCCCUUAAGGAGAUGGUUGGGUAUUUGAAGCAUCUGCGAAGCCUCACUGCUGGGCGUGGCACAUUCGUCAUGAGUGUUGAUCAGUUUGAAAACAUGUCUGCUCCAAGACAGAAAGCUGCGCUGGCAGAGCUUCGCGGUAUAUUCUAA